AUGAACAGCGACACCGUCGUCGCGGCCCGCUCUCGACACCCCCUUUCCCGCUGGCUCCCCCGCACCCGACGCCAGUGGGCCAGCUUCAACGCCUUGGAAGACCUCGUACGCCGCACCCACGACCACCUGGUGGUCCGGACGCUCGAGGCAAAGACCGACAAAAGCCCGCUUGCCCAGUGGCGUGUGGGCUUUCAAAAGGUCAUCCACCGCCGCGCGUGCGAGCUCCAGCGCCGUGAAGCCGAGCACAUCUACCACACCCACCCCCAGGCCAUCCUCAACUGGGUGCGCAAUGCGGCUGAUGAAGAGCGUGCGCGCCGCGAGGAUAAGCAUAUCCGCGCCGACUGGGCCCGCUGGAUACCCGAGGGCCUUCGCCUCUUACAGGCGGCGGGGAUUGUGGCCCACUUUGACUUUGAUUAG